AUGAAAGGGGAUUAUUAAAUAAUAACUAAUAAUAUUUUAGGACAAGGAAAAUAUGGAAAUACAUACAAAUGCUAUAAGAAAGAUAAUUAGGAUGAAUUAUUUUGUAUGAAGAUUAUAAAGAUCCAAGAUAAAUCAAAACCAUUAUUUUGCUAAAAAACAAUGGAAGCAGAAAAAUAGAUUUUCUAUAAAUUAAGAAAUAUAGAAUGUGAAAAUUUAGUUAAAAUGAUUACUUUUUUUUAAACAAAAGAGGAGUUUUGUUUGGUUAUGGAGCUUUGUGAUUUAGAUUUACAAUAGUUAUUUUAAAACUAUAGAUAGGAAAAAUAGUGGUUUUCAAGAGAAGAAUAAGUUAAUAUAAUUAGAUAAAUCCUUAAAGGAGCUCAAGUACUUAAGGAGAAUAAAAUUGUUCAUAGGGAUAUUAAACCACAAAAUAUACUUGUGAAAAUAUAGAAUCUAGGAGAAAAAAAUGAAAGAAGAAUUUUUAAAGUGAAAUAAUAAAUAAAUUAUUUAGAUAGCAGAUUUUGGGUUUUCAAAAACUUUGUAAGAUAUAUACCAAGAAUAAGAUAUGACAAGAAUCGGUUCCAAAAGAUACUAAGCCCCUGAAAUUUUUCAUAAUGAAUUAUUUUCUGCUAAGUGUGAUAUUUAUUCUUAUGGAAUUUUAUUUCAUCAAAUCGUCUUUUAAAAAUUAUUUCCUGGUGGUUAUAGAUCAGUAUAAUUUAAUCAUUUAAAAUUUUUUGAAGAGAUUAAGAAAAAGCCAUAUUAAUGUUAGCCUUAAUAAGAUCCAUUAGGAAAAUUAUUAAUAAAUUUAAUUCAGGAAAUGUUAAUAUUUGACUAAAACAAGCGAAUUUCUUUUGAAGAUUUACUUGAAUAUCAUUUAUUCUUAUUAAAUGAUCCCCUAUUCAAACCAAUAACAUAAAAAAAUAUAUCUCAAUAAAAUCUUCAAGAUAAAUAAACAAUUUUCUCUAGAAUUCAUAAAAUUUUAGAUAAUUUGUACAGAAAAAGCUUGCUCUGUUAAAAGACUGCAGAAGAAUUAAAAAAUACUAAGAUAUUUAGAAAUGUAAAUAUAAUUAAUAUUUACUAUUUGAUUCUGUAAAUAGGCUUUUAAGAAAUUUAAAUUGCUUUUGCAAUGAUUAACAUAAUAAUUUCAGAUUUUCAACCUAAAAUUUUAAAUAAUUGUGAUCUACCUCAAUUUAUAGAAUUAUUGAAGUUAUAUUUGAACUCAUAAGAUCAAAAAUUUAUAAAUCUUCACAAUAAAAUUAGAUUACAAUUUCAUCAGCAAAAAAAAAAUUUAUAAUAAAUUUAGAUCAAUUUGAUGUUAUAAUAUCAUGAUCAAAUUGUAUAAUAAAAUGAAUAUUACUUAUUUUCUAUUAAAACUUAAUCUGAAAAAUAACCAAUCGAGAUUCUCUGUCAAUAAUUAAAAAGUUUGAUUGAUGUUUAAGUAACCUAUUAGCUAAUUUAACAAUAUGAUAAGUAAAUGAAGUUAUAUAUUAUAUUUUAGACAGCUUCUAGAAUUUAUCAAGAAAAUAUCAUAAAUUGAAAUACUUUUUGAUUUUUUUGAGUAUUAGUAUUAUGAAUCAGAUUUCAUAAUUAAAUUAUGA